GGUAGAGUGGUUGUCAGAGUGUAGCUGGAGACUGUUACUGAACGAUCGCGUCGCAGCAGCAGUAUCGAGACGGAUCUGUCGUCGGUCACAAUGAGAGCAGAUAAGUUUACAGGCUGAGCUCAAGCCGCUGUCACAGUUUUUUGGGGGGCGGUAAAGAAGAAUAAGUCAUCGCGGGACAGGAGGAACAGGAGGAACAGGAGGAAAUAAGUGGACUUUACACUCCCGGUGUUUGGAUACUCAGCGGCUGCGGCGGCGGCGACAGUGAGUGCUCCGGCGGCAGAGCUUCGGCGGCGGUCCCGCUGUUAGCGAACCAUGAACAAGAACCACCGAGUGCCGAGCAACCGUUCACUGAGUGCCGUGGAGGUGAAGAGCAAGUUUGGUGCAGAGUUUCGUCGCUUCUCUCUGGAUCGGUCAAAGCCGGGCCGAUUCGAUGAGUUCUACGGCCUCCUGCAGCAUGUGCACCGCAUCCCAAACGUGGAGCUGCUGGUGGGCUAUGCCGAUGUACACGGCGACCUGCUGCCCAUCAACAAUGACGACAACUAUCACAAGGCCAUCUCCACCGCCAGCCCUCUGCUCAGGCUGUUUCUCCAGAGGAAAGAGGAAGCUGAUUAUUCAACCUUCGGUACCGACUCACUGACCAGGAAGAAGAACACGGUGCUCUCCGCCGUUCUGCUGCGGCCUGACGCCAACAGGAAAAAGCCGCCAGUCAUCAUCAGCCUGCCCAAGGACUUCCGCCCCGUGUCCUCCAUCAUCGAUGUGGACAUCCUGCCUGAGACGCACCGACGCGUUCGCCUGUACAAGCACGGCCAGGAGAAGCCGCUGGGCUUCUACAUUCGCGACGGCUCCAGCAUACGCGUCACUCCCCAGGGUCUGGAGAAGGUGCCGGGGAUAUUCAUCUCUCGCAUGGUGCCCGGCGGGCUGGCGGAGAGCACGGGUCUGCUCGCGGUCAACGAUGAGGUGCUGGAGGUGAACGGCAUCGAGGUGGGGGGGAAGUCUCUGGACCAGGUGACGGACAUGAUGAUCGCCAACAGCCACAACCUCAUCAUCACCGUGAAGCCUGCGAACCAGCGGAACAACGUCGUCCGCAGUGGAGGAGGAGAAGGAGGGGGCGGGGCGGCGUCUGGCAGCUCAGGACGCUCGUCGGACAGUGGCGCCAGCUACUAUGGCUACUCGUCACAUAGCGGUGCCAGCGCCGCGGCCUCCGUGCCAACACACAUCAUCCAGAACUUCCCCGUCGGGGAGCUGGAGAGCGACGAGGACGACGAGGACUUGGUGAUCGAGGCGGGAGGAGAGGCCGAGUCGAUCAGUCACUCGUCCUCCAACUACAGCUUUCCCCCGGUGCCUCGGUACGAGCCGCACCUCAACCUCCGCAGCACCGCCGCCUCUGCUCAUUCCAUCAACGCCAACGGGACACUGCCGGACAGCGGCAGCAGCGGGUCACUAAGCUACGCCAACACCUUUCCCACCUCGCCGUCGCCGGACAAAGCAAUGGAGAGGCGGAGCCUGGAGGAGGACGGCACUGUGAUAACUCUUUAGGUGACUCAUUCACAUAACUGAAGACUGGAAACGAGCACACACUCACAGGUGAGCGACGGAGUGGCGGUUCAAACGCGGGAGCUGAAGUGGUUCAUCGUGACUGUGACGGCACCUGAGGAACACAGUGAUUCAAUCUGACAUCAAACGCUGCACCACCUGCACAUCCUACAUGCCAAUUAACACGCAUGUGUGCUGUUCUGGUGACCUCAGACCUCCUCCGAUAAAGAACGAAGCUACAUCCACGCUAACCUUUUAGGUUUCUAUUUUAAAAACGCGACAGCUCUGCUUUGCUGUCCACGCGUCCCUGUAAGACUGUCUCCACUGAUGCCACGAUUCCAUUCAGAUAAAUAUGAAUUUCAUCAUUUUCAUACAAAUGCUUCAUCCUCAAGUUAAAACUAAUGUUUCUGCAGCAGAGAAGCCGCAACACGUGCAGUACAAUAUACGACUCUUUUAGUGAUAUAUAUGAUAUAUGUUGCAUUUCUAAAGAUAACUCUUGCCGCACACUGCACCAGUGUCCUUAGUCAGACAGUUAUGUGAUUAACAGUGAGACGGAUUUUCCCCUGCAUUGACAGUUAGAUGUUGCGUCGCUGUAGAAGCGAUUAUUUUAACUUCCCUUUUGAUGCUUGAAAACUGAGCAGUGUGAAAAUACUACUGACUGAAAAGUGCUGGGCUGCGUUUUAGUCUGUACGAGCAGAAAUUGAGACUCUCUGCUUUUAAGUGAACGCUUCUUUUAACCACUUAACUGUAAUCAAACCACUGAAGAGGAGAAAAUCAGCUUCUGGCACUUUUCAUAUCCUGUUUUUCAAAAAAUGAUCAUGUGACACACAGAAUGUUUUCAGGUGUUUUCGUGUGGACACUCAGUGUCUCUGAUUCAUGGCUGAUGAAUACUCGCAGUUUUCUAAUGAAAACCUGGCUAGUGUGGAUGGAGCCACAGUGUAGUUUGCUUUGCCUUUUUAGCCAAAACUACAAUUUUAAACCUGAUAUUCUUUAAUUUCCUCACAUCCUUCAUGCAUUUUCAAUAAUCUCACUACAAAAUGUUCAGUUUGAGAGUAAUCUAUGAACUAUGUCAGAUUACAGUUAAGACACUGUUUUAAAACCACCAGAAGCACUUGUUUUUAAACUCAGAUACACUAGAGGGCAGAGAUGAGAUGCUUCGUUCUCUCUCUCCAUCAUUAAAAUCUUCUCACCAGUCCCAUGAACACAGUUGGAUGAAGGUCGAGAGUCACGCCCUCUACCAAAGCCGACAGUCUAGUGCUGGAUUAUGACGUGCGUGUUCCUGAGAUUAGCAAUAAAAAUAUUUUUGAUCAGGCUCAGAUUCCGUUUUUCUUUUUACCUUCUGUGACUGAAAGGUUGGUGUUUUAUUUAUUUUUUCAUUAAUCAUUCUUGGUGAGCAUCAUAGGCCUGGUUUUUUUGUUACAUAUAUAUUAUCUGAAUAUUUUGUUUUGGUUUAUUCUCUUUAAUGUCCACCGCUUGCAUCUGACAGGUGACCAACGCUCUCUACCUGAUUAUGGGACAUGUUUUUCUGAAUAUUGCACUCCCUCUACUUUCAAUGACAAGGGCUAUUUCCCCUGCUGCUUGUGUACAAAUGUGAAAAUGUGAAUUUGAUUUAUUUGUUUUUUCUAUUCUUUUUGUGUGUUCUCUUUCCCUCUGUUCUCUCUGGACCACAACACAAUAUUAUACUGUAGUGUCAGUCAUUUUUUAGUAGAUUAAUUUCUUUCUCUCUCCAGGCUCCUGAGUUCGCUUGGACGUGACCUGAGACAUUCACAUAUGAAAAGUGUUCUUGAUCGUUUUUCCUGCGUCAUAUUGAACUCAUUUAAUCACGCUAAUGAGUAAAUGAUUAAAGAGAUUGUUCAGGUUUCAGUGCAGAACACUGAAAACCAGAUUUUAUCCACUUAACAAAAACCUCACCUCAUAAAAUCCAUGUGUUUGCCACUUUAUCUCGCCGUUAGACCACUUUUUCCACCUGGAAACCGGAGAUUUUGUUGAGAAAACUGUCAUUUUUAAGCCCGUGUGCACACAGAAGCUGCUGGUCUACUGCUACCUCGUUUGUUGAAUUUAUGUAAAUUGAAACACAGGAUUUUAAACACUGAAGUCACAAAAAGAACACAUUAUAACUUACUGAUGGAUGCAGCAGUGGAUCAACAACUCCUGUGUGUGCUGCGUGGGUUAGGGCAAAAUCGCUGAUUUUCUCUAUGGACUUUGGUGUGAGAGGGAGGGCGGUUUACAAAGCAGCUCAGUUAUCAGCUGUAAAAGGCUGAGAUGAAGCAGCAAAUCUAAUCUUAACAUAUCAGAGACUUAAGUGGGGUCUAAAAUGUAUGUAUGAGCCUUUUAUUAAGAGGCUGAAACCAGUUUUUCCUUGCAUCAGAUGACACAUUAAUAGUUACAUUGUAACGCUGUUAUAGCAGACUUGAGAGCGACACAUGGUGACAAACUAGAAAAGAGUCAUAUUGAAACUAACCGUGGACACAGAGUGAGUCACUCGCCGUGUGUUUGUUGAAGGUGAGGCAGUUCAUGUCCAAACCUUCAAAGGCAUUUGGAGCCAGGCCAUAAUGAAGCAAACAUAGACACACUUGAUUACUUGUUCUUUGGUAACAGUGAUGUAAUAUUACGGUAACACCAUUUUAUCUUUUACACAAUUUACAGCUUGGUGAAUACAAUCGUGAACAAGGAGGUAAUAGUACAUACAAUUUUAUUUUCAAAGUAAAAGCUCGACACUACAGUCUACCAUCAUGUUCAGAUUAAAUUAAAAUAAAUGUGAAUCAGUCCUUUUCUUGUGUGCCCCUCACACAUUUUCCAUUGUUUAUACCAAACUUAGUGAUUACCGUAGAAAAUAAGUCAGGAUGCACAAUAAUAUCGGCACGAUAUCGACUUUAAAAUGUAUUAUUGGAUAUUGGUAAACACGCCAAGAUCCCCUGACUAAUGACUCAAACAGCAGGCCCAGUAUUCCGCUACAUCUUCCACUUCUCUGCUUAUUUAUCUACGUUUGCUGCAACAAGAGUACGUCAAAUGUUAACUUAAAUGAAAUGAAUUUGUUUAUUUGUAAAAAUGACGGUGUCUCAAAAGCAAAAUAUCACGAUACUUCACUGUAUCUAUUUCUUCUUUCCACCCUUCCUACUUAUUAAGGUUUUCUGCUGUUGGUUUUUCCCAUCUGCUGUCCUUUUUACAUGCGAUAUCGUUAACAUUGUCUCCCACUGAGAACACUGUCCAUCUUCUUCACGUAUAUCCGGUUUCACCUGAGCCAAUAUGCACUUGUAUUCACAUGCACCAUCUCACUAAAUCAGUGUAGAUCUGGUGUUUUUAGUCAAAUCUCUGAUGAGCCGAUCAUACGCAUGACUGGAAUCCGACACACUGUUUGUGCCACGUGUGUCCGCCAUUUUAUUUCAAGCUUUACUGGACAAAGAAUUGUCUUUGCGGCCCUUUUUAUGUCACAGGUGUGAAACUGGGUUUAUGUGUAUAUUCUCGAAACGGUACUUUGAAAGAAAGACUUUAAUUUGUCUAUCUCUAACUUUUACCACUGGACACUGGGAUAGUAACCACGGAGGCAUUUGUUAUUUAUUCUCCAUAAUCAUAAUGUCUUUGUUUUGACUGUACACAUUAUUUUAUAUAUAUAUAUAUAUAUAUAUAUAUAUUUGUUCAUACAUACAGCAGAUUUUAUUAUCGCCCUCAUGAUUUCAGUAGGUGACGUCAUUAUAGUUUCAUUUUAAUUUUCCAUACUGUGAAUUAUCAUCAUUAUUAUUGUUUUUGUGGGAGAGAGAAAAAAAAGCACGUCAGAAAGUGAUUGAUCAAUGAUUAUUAUUUUUAUUUUUUUUUCGCUCGCCAGAUAAAUCCUAUGGUAUAGAUUUGUAAUAAAGAAUUGUCAGUAUUUUCAUAUCGAUGCUGUAUGAUGAUGUACAUUUUUAUCACAUUUAAUGAAAAAUGUUUGAACAUUCAACUGGAGGCGUAUGAAUAAAUAGAUAAUGUAUACUUGUAAUUUUUGAUUUUAAGGAGUUGGAUAAAAUAAACUAAUGUGUAGCAAA